UGCCUUGCGCAUGCGCGCGGCUCACUGAUGCUGAGUUAGCAGCAAAUGGCGUUGUUCAGUGUCGACCAUGGUAGAGCUCCAUGAUUUACCGUAGUGACUAGCGGCAAGAAAGAAACGAUCGCUUGAUGUUCGUGCACACCUCCGGCGAAAUUGGAGACCUUCAGUGAAAAAAUCAGUGCUCGAACUGGUACUGUUAAGGAGAUAGCGGGUUUAAAGAAGAAGAAGAAUAUGAUGACACGAAAAUCGUGAAAUCGUGUAUGAGCGGAUUCUCCCGUGGACGACUGAAGUCACCGUCCUACACAUGUCAGGUCAGUGGACCUGGUCUAACAUCAGCCACAGUCAACCAACAACACACGUCCUAGUCCAACUAACUGACUCUAGUGGUAGACCAUACUCACUUCCACUGAAUGUCACCGCACAACUUGAGCUCGUUUCAAAAGCCACAAGAACUACAACAAGGUGGCCCAAUGAAUCGCGUGUAUCAGUUACCAUGACGUCUCCCUCCCAAUACGAGGUGUCGUACACACCAGUCAGUCGAGGCCAACACAAACUCCAUGUUCAAGUCAAUGACAAAGAAAUCAAUGGCAGC